AUGACCAUCGGCCGGCGCGACUACGGCGAGGCCGCAGCGGCCGGGCACACCGGGCUGACUGACGACGAGGUGUACGAGAUGCAGGAGGCAUUCAACCUCUUCGACACCGACGGCUCAGGCACCAUCGAUCCUAGGGAGAUCAAGUGCGCCAUGCAGAGCCUGGGAAUUGACAAAAAGAACCCUCUGGUGUACCAGAUAGUCGCCGACCUGGAGAAGAGCGGGUCCACGCAGAUCGACUUCAACGACUUCCUGGACUCCAUCACGCUGAAGCUGGGCAACCGCGACAGCAAGGAGGGCAUCCGGCGCAUAUUCAACCUCUUCGACCAGGACAACACGGGGUCGAUUUCCUUCAAGAACCUCAAAAAGGUCGCCACCGAGCUUGGCGAGUUUAUAUCGGACGAGGAACUGCGGGACAUGAUACACAGAUCGGAUUCCAACGGCGACGGCCUGCUGUCCUUCGAGGACUUUUACAGCGUCAUGGCCAAGCGUCCGCUGCCGUGA